GUGGGACCGGAAGCGAUCGACGCCGUCGGCGCUCGGCUGGGACGGCCCGAGCGUGGUUUUGCGCAGGCGCGCGGGACGCGCUCCCUUUCUGCCUCGCGCGGAGCCGCCAUGGCGCCCGCGCAGAAGAAGCCUGCGGCGAAAGGUGGCAAGAAAAAGAAGCAGGUUCUGAAGUUCACGCUGGAUUGCACGCACCCCGUCGAGGAUGGCAUCAUGGACGCCGCCAACUUCGAGCAGUUCCUGCAGGAACGGAUCAAGGUGAACGGCAAAGCGGGAAACCUGGGCGGGGGCGUGGUGACCAUCGAGAGGAGCAAGAGCAAGAUCACUGUCACGUCAGAGGUGCCUUUCUCCAAGAGGUACCUCAAGUACCUGACCAAGAAGUACCUGAAAAAGAACAACCUGCGGGACUGGCUGCGCGUGGUGGCCAACAGCAAGGAGAGCUACGAGCUGCGCUACUUCCAGAUCAACCAGGAUGAGGAGGAGGAGGAAGAAGAAGAUUGAGCCCCACCGCCGCUGCUGACGGCUAUUUUGUACAGUUUCACUUUUCUGGAAUAAACAGCAGCAGAGUUGUUCAUA